AUGGGUUGCUGUUCCAGCUCUUCCAGUCGAGUGGUGUCGCAUGACGACAACGGCCACGCUUCCAAGAAGCAACGCACCGAGCCAGAAGGUCAACCUUCACCCUCGCCGGGCAAGGAGGACCUGUCGCCGAAGAAAGACAUCGCCAUCGCUGGAAGCAGCCCAGAGGUGGCACAGGAUAUUCUCAAAAUCCAGAUUCGAACGUGCAUUCGAACGUGCAUGUUUGAAAAGCUUAGCAUCGUGACCUUCCGGCACCCACCGAGUUCAUCGGCCUCGGAGAGUGAUGAUGAAAAGAGCACCAGCGAGGAGGACUCCGGCUCGUCGGACUCUCUGACGAAGCCCGUCCGGAAGACCUUGGAUCAGACAUGGCGCUGGGGCAUUUGGCAAAGUCGAGAUGCCCGCCGCGCUGCCACCAGCUACACCGACCAGCUGCUGUCGCACAUGCCCGAGAGUUUCCGCUUCCAAAGCGAGGUGUUGGACCGUCGGAACAUUGUGCUCGGAGCCAAGCUGCUGUUGGCUCUGAACCUGGCGACGUUUUCUCUUUCCUAUGUCGUUAUUGCGAUAUUGCUUGCAAGUUUCCACAAGCCAGACUCUUGCAAUGAAAUUUGUGAAACGAACCACGGAUGCGGCGUGGUGUAUCUCCUGGUGGAGAUCAAUGGAGGUCUCAUCCGAGUCCUCGUCGACGUGCUCUAUUUGUUGGUGGUCGUACCAGUGCUGUUCUACUGCUUCUGGGGAACCAGUCACAAGGACACCAACAUGCGUCGGCGAAUCUAUUUGGUGGUGCUGGGAAUCAUCUACGUGAAGAUUUGGGUGAUGUAUAUGUACCCCGUGGGUGCUCAUUGUUCACUGGCCGAGCGCGCCUUAAACUGUGGCGGAAUCGGACGUGAGGAUCAGAUCUUAGACCUUAUUCCAGAGUGCCGAAACUUGGGUUUUUUCCUGCUGAACAAAGACAUGGCAUUGGUGAUGCUGUCCCCAGCCGUGGUCCCGGAGUGCAGCAAGAUGCGGGGCUUCCUUUGGAGUUUGACGGGCCUGUACUAUGUGGUAGCGAUGUUGGCGAUUCAUCAGCUCGUGAAGACGCCAAAUCAACGAUAUCACGCCUACUUCGACGUGAUCAUAGGCCUGGUCUUCCUCUUCCUGGUCAAUGAAGCAGCACGACACAGGAAAUGGUACAUGGAGCGGGCAGAUCAAGUGAGUUUCGUGCUGGCGCUGCGACAGAAGAAAGCGAGCCAGAGUAUGUUCCAGAUCUUGACCUUCAUGUUGCCAUCCUUUAUGGUCACGCGCAUCUUGAAAAGUCCGGAAAAGACCAUCUCUGAGAGUGUGAAGCGAGCCUCCAUCCUUUUCAUCAAGAUCAAUGACUUUGACGACAUGAUUCAAAGGCUGUCACCGUCGCAUCUCUUGGAGAAACUGAACAGCAUUUUUUCUCGCCUGGACUCCUAUUGUUCCAGCCGCAACGUCACGAAGAUCGAGACCGUAGCCGAGGAGUACAUGUGCGCCGUGGGCAUCGUGCCGUCGGACCAGGCCUUUGAGUUGGAGGACGAGAGCCAAGGGCAUCGCACGCUGAUGCGCCUGGUUCAGUUAGCAGGUGACGUGUUGGACUAUUCCAGAAACCUCACCACAGCUGACCAGGUGGUCUUUCAGAUGGGCAUCCAUACAGGUCCGGUGAUUGCAGGUGUGGUGGGUGCCAAGCUGCCGCGCUUCCGCUUGUUCGGCGACACGGUGAACACCGCGGCGCGGAUGAUGCAGAAGGGCCUUCCCAACGAAGUGCAAUUCGGUGAAGAGACGCGACGAGAACUGCCCGUGGGAGUUGUCUACAGGUCACGUGGCUCAGUCGAGAUGAAGGGCAAAGGUAUGAUCAACACCUACCUCCUGGUGCACGAGUAUCGAUCGCAAGGCGGUCCCAGGACCAGCUACAAGAGUCCUCGCAGAUUGCACGUCCAUGGUACUGUUCAGCUAGCUGCUGCCAUGGUGCAAUCUGGCGGCGGAUCAACGAUGGUGGAGGGGCCUGAUGAUGCUGAAAUGUUCGAAGACGCGUUGGUCAACGCUGAGUCGGAAGAGUUCACGUGCGGCCAAGGGAGUGACUGGUUGGACUUGAAAGGAAGGGAUGAGGCCUCGAAGCAGUUUCGGGCCUGGUACUACGAGAACCACCUCUUCAAAAAGUUGGUGAAACGUCUUGACAAGCAAAUGAUCUUCAUCUUCGUCUUGACUUUUAUCGAGACCAUAUAUUUGGCCGACUCCCUUGGCCGGAGUUCACAGUCGCCCAUGUGGCACGAGUACGGCUAUGGCAAGUGGAGUGACGACCAGUGUCCCUUCUUAGUCUCGAUGAAGAUCGAUGACACAGUGGAAGGAGGCCCAGUAGAGGGCUGCAAAAGCCAGUGUUGGGCGUAUGGCCCCUGCACGGCGAUCGAGUUCCACCACAACAGCAAUCUCUGCAUCCUGCGACAGUGUCCGGACGAACCGCCAGAGGUUUUCAUUGUGGACAAUGCCUCAGUUUGUUUUUGGUGGAGUCAAUCGCAAGGCACCGCGACCUCGACCUCGACCUCCAGCGAUGAGGCAGUGCUCGCAUGGGACAAGGCUACGCGCCAAAGGAAGCUCUCGAUGUUUGUCAUCAGUCGAGCGGUGGCGUUUGGGAUUGUCUUUGCCUGGCGUGUCAUCGUCAGCUGUACUAGCUGCGUUGUGGCCCACGCGCGAUGUUCCGAAUGGCUGGCGGCGAUCUCAUGUUGCAUCCUUUCCGUCAUCCUCUUCCUCUCCUACGAAGUGAUGCCGGAGCAGUUCACUGCCGACAUAAAGCACGAGAUCGAUGAGAUCAUCCCCAUCGAUUUUCCCAUCUCAGGCGUGUCUCGAAACAUCACGAGGUUGGUCUCUUUUCCCGUGUAUAUGAUGUGCAUCACGGCCUUUCCCUUUCGCUUCUUUCCCUGCUUCAUCUUCUUGCUGGGCUGUCUCUUGAUCAUCAUCGUCGAGAGCGGUGUCAUUUCGGACAAGUGCUACUUGCUUCCAACUUAUGGUGACCUCUGGUAUUUCCUGAUGUUCAACAUCUUGCGGCAGUUCUACUCCUACCAGGAAGAGAAGCUGUUGCGGCAGCAAUAUGCCAAUAGCCGAGCGGUGGAAUGCGUGAUGUCGCGAGUCCAGAGCAUUCUGGAUACCAUGAUGCCUGCACAGGUGGUGAAGGAGAUCGCAGAGCACCCGGACUCUCCACUGCCGUCCCACAAAUAUCACAUGGCCACCAUUGCCCAGUCCGACCUGGUGGGCUUCACAGAGAUGUCCAGUCAACGGACGCCCGAAGAGGUGGUGAAAGUCAUUGAAGAGCUCUUCAACAUCUUUGAUGACCUCACAGAUAAAUAUGGUGUCUACAAGAUCGAAACGGUGGGCGACGCCUACAUCGCGGGCAUGGCGGAGCAGCCGCUGACGCCACGGCAUUCCGUGGUGACGGUGCUUCGUUUUGCCCUGGCGAUGGUCGAAAAGACCGAAGCCUGGUCCCGACGACAGGGCGAAGAUGUGCGACUCCGCGUGGGUGUUCACUGCGGAGAGUGCGUGGGUGGCGUCGUUGGCAAAGACAUGCAGAGAUAUCAUCUCUUUGGAAGCAUUUGUUCCGUGCUGGACAUUCUGGAAGGAACAUCUUCGCCGGGAAGUGUGCAAAUCAGCACUGCAUGUUUUGAGGCGAUGCAGCAAGAGCUGGGUGCCAUGUGGGGUGAGAAGGUCCUGGAGAUGUUGAACUGUCGCGUGGUCGGUCGAACUGAGGAGAACCUACGCACCUCGAAGGGCGAGAUCCACUUCUACAGCGAAGUCUGUGGUUUGACCUACUUCCUGCUGCCGCUCCUGAGACAUCGGACCCACUGA